GGCGCUGUUGCAUGCUGCACGCAUCAUCCCUCCUCACCAUGUGUGUUUGACGUCAGAAACUUAGGAGGGGCUCCUCCGUGAAGCUGGUUGCUGUUUGUGGUGCUGAAACAACGCCUGUAUUGUGUUGCCAUUUGGCGAUUUUCUUUUUUCUUUUUGUGCCUCUGCGUUUCUCCUGUCCGUUCUCCACCACCAUGCCUCUUUAGUCCGAGUCUCGCCCGUGCAGCUCACACCUGAGUCGGUGUUAAUCAUGCUGUUUUAGCGGAGGUGUGCGAUGGAUUAGUAGUACUGUAUUAGGCAGGAGCGGUAUGGAUUCACUGUGGUGUCCCAUCCUCUUCGCUGCAUUGGCUGUCAGCCUCUUCUCCUCACCUGCCCUCGCUGACAGAAAAUUUGGUUGCCUGUUUGAAGACGAGCUCUGUACACAGUAUGAAUUCUGCGUCAAUGAUGGAGUGUUUGGACGGUGCCAGGAGUUGGCCGCUGCAGACCUGUACACGUACGAUAUUUCUUCCUCUGCUCUGCAACGCCUCAGGAUCCUCCUACAGAAACUGGCUCACAGAGGUUUGACAUGGCAGGACGACAUCACCCAGCAGGUCAUCUCUCGAGAGCUCUCCAAGCUGAGGACCAUUCCUGUCCACCAUCAGGCCACAGCUCCGAGCCCCCUGACUGCCUACAGCAGCUCCAGAGAAGGGAAACUGAGCAGAAACUUCCAGCAGUACCUGACGGGCCUGGGCUUCCUGCCGCAGUCUGAGGUUGGUGGACAAUCAGGAAUCCAACGACAGGGAGCCAACGUUCAGAAUGAAGACAUCAAGUCUGAAGGUCACUUGGAGCCGAGCCGGACCAAACCCCAGCAGGGCUGGAAGGAGACCACAAUCUACAGCCAUCAGAAAGGAGCUGGCCAACCGCCCGUCACCAAAGUCUUCACCCAGAGCGGAGAGGGAAGGCACCCCAUGCUCAGUACAACCUACUCCAACCGGGACCCAGGAAGGAGCAAGCUGCUAUCCAGCCAGCUGGGACGGCUUCUCGCUGAGGUACCCAGCACUCAGCAGGGCGCCCCGGGCGGCAAAGGAAAGCUCCACUACCUCAGCUACAUCCGUCCAGCUCCCAGUGACCAGGCAGAGCCCCAGUCUCAGGUGGCUUUUAGCACCAAAACCCAAAGGCCAAAUCUAGACAGACUUCUGCUCAAGGUCGGCUCGAACAGACUCCCCGCCAAACAGCCACUUAGUGUCAUGGACGAGCGAUUCAUCCAUAAUAUGGUGAACCAGCUGGGAAGGCACAGCAUCAACAUGGAGUCUUUGAUGGGCAAAGACCUGGACCAUCUGGCUGAGGUCAUCUCAGGAGCCCUGCAGGAGGUGCAUGAGGAACGGCCCGGCAUUGGGGCCCAGCCAGGACCAGGAGCCGCUGACUCCAGGGGGGACAUGCAGGGUAACAGGGAGCCACUGGCAGCCAUGCAACUGAAUCAAGACCAGGACCUGAAAUCAGACAAAGGGCAGGAUCUAAACCAGGAAGACACAAUGAGAAUAAAACAGCAAGGCCAACAAAUAGACGAUGCAGACAAAGAGCCUGUUGACAAGCAUGCAGCCUUCUUCUCCAAGCUGCUGGACUACCUCAACAUGGAGCCCUUUGGAGAUUUUCCAGAGGUCAACAUCGGGACACCGGCUCCCCUCCGGAAAAUGGUCGGACUGGAGAACGUCCAAAGCCGGACGACGCAGGGCCAAGUUCCCGUACCCCACCGCUGGGAGGAGAAACCUGCGAAGGAAGGCUCCACCCUGCGUUUAACCGGCGGUGCAGAUGGGCCUGACACUCAGGUGGACACAGAGAUCCAGAGGUGGAUGCAGGAAAAUCCGGCCCCAGCUGGGAAAAAGCAGGUGGAGGAGCCGCAAAAGAAGGACAUGAGAGUCAAAACUCAGCUGGUCCACGUGGGGGUGAAGGAGUUCUCCAGCAGGGGGAAGGACAGACACUUUGGCUACAUUAUCACCAACUCAGAUUCCCUCACCGCUGACCAGGGCUCCGACCUGAUGGAGCGUCUGACGCAGAGGCUGAACCUCCACGCCGCGGACCUCACCCAGCUCACUGUCUUGGGUCCGGCGUUGACUUUCCGAAUUGGCCCCAACCCUAAAAACGUGACCACGGCAGAUCUGGUUCAAGUCGCAGUCCAAGAGAAGCCGCAGCUGGAGAAGGAGACAGGCCUGAAGAUAGUGGAGGCCGGAGUCAGUGAUAGAGGCAGCCUGACCCAGAUCCCUGUGGUAAAGGAGACCAGGGUGGAGUCGGGCCAGUUCCUGCUGCUCUCCGUCCUCUGCAUGCUCUUCAUCCUGGUGGCGCUGGCAGUGUCCACCACCUUCUUCUGCGUGCGCCAGCGCUCCCACCUCCGCAUGAAGGAGAAGCUGGCCAGCCUGGGGACUGACACCAGUACUGAUGCCACCGCAACCUAUCAGGAGCUGUGUCGCCAGCGUAUGGCAAUCCGGACGUCGGAGCGCGUCGAGCGGCCGGAGACCCUGCGCCACUCGCGGCUCAACAGCGUCUCAUCCCAGUUCAGCGAUGGCCCCGCCGCCAGCCCCUCGACCCGCAGCAGCACCUCCUCCUGGUGCGAAGAGCCAGUUCCGUCCAACAUGGACAUCUCCACCGGUCACAUGAUACUGUCAUACAUGGAGGACCACUUGAAGAACAAGAACCGUCUGGAGCGCGAGUGGGAGGCCCUGUGCUCCUACCAGGCAGAGCCCAGCGCCUGCAGCGUGGGGCAGGGCGAGCAGAACUCCAAGAAGAACCGCUCAGACUCCGUGGUCGUAUAUGAUCAUUCCAGGAUCACCUUGAAAGCGGCGAAUAACCACAGCAACUCAGAUUACAUCAAUGCCAGUCCUAUAAUGGACCAUGACCCUCGCAACCCUACUUACAUCGCCUCGCAGGGCCCACUUCUUUCCACCAUGGUGGACUUCUGGCAGAUGGUGUGGGAGAGCGGCUGCGUCGUUGUCGUCAUGUUGACCCCGCUUUCUGAAAAUGGAGUGAAGCAGUGUCAUCCUUACUGGCCUGACGAAGGAUCUGAUGUCUACCACAUCUACGAGGUCAACUUGGUGUCGGAGCACAUCUGGUGUGAGGACUUCCUGGUGCGGAGCUUCUACCUGAAGAACCUACAGACCAACGAGACCCGCACCGUCACCCAGUUCCACUUCCUGUCCUGGAUGGACCGCGGGAUCCCCAACUCAGCCCGGACCCUGUUAGACUUCCGCAGAAAGGUUAACAAGUGCUACCGGGGUCGAUCUUGCCCGAUAAUUGUUCACUGCAGUGAUGGAGCUGGCAGGAGUGGGACUUACAUUCUGAUUGACAUGGUCCUCAAUAGGAUGGCUAAAGGUGCUAAAGAGAUUGAUAUUGCCGCUACCCUGGAGCACUUGAGAGACCAGAGAGCUGGCAUGGUCCAGACAAAGGAGCAGUUUGAGUUUGCGCUGACAGCCGUGGCAGAGGAGGUGAACGCCAUCCUGAAAGCGCUUCCUCAGUGAAGGCAUCUCAUCCCCCACCUUCUCCUCGCUCGCUGAGCACCGGUUUCCUCUGCCCACUCAAGACUGACAUCUCUCUCUGCCCUUCCUUCUCCUCGCUCUGUUUCUCUCUUCUGUCUCUGCCUCCUCUUCACCUCUAUAUAUACUGUAUACUUAUGAAUGUCGUGCCAGAUAUCUCACCUGGAUCUAUAUUCGCAAAAAUCUCGCCUCAGAGUACGACCGUCGAUCUGGGUUGUGUGUCGGGUUUUUUUUAAAGCGAUUCGAGUGCGGCUUCGCCUGAUCUGAUCCGAUGUGCAGAUCAGCUCUCCUACUGUGAGACUGUUUUGUCAAUAUGAACCCCGGUUCCUCUAUAACUGUGAUGUUGUUCCUGAACAUACCGUUCUAGUGCCACUGACGAGAUGUUUACGUGAUGUCAAGUGAAGGUUUUUGUUCCAAAAUCAGCUAUCUGCCGUUGAAAAACUGAUACAGACGAUUAGAAAAGGACUAUUGGCACGUUUAAAGCAAACUAUAGCAGGGCUGCAAAUACCCAGUAUUUUGAUUAUCGAUUAAUAUACUCAACUAAAGAAAUUCUUUGAUAUUAAAUGCGUGAUUUGUUAACUAAUCAGAUCUGUAAAACUCCACAAAGAAUCAAGCAAAAGCAUCGCUUUAAAUCUUAUGUUCUGGUCAUUCAGCAUGAAAAAAGCAUAAAAAAGACUAACUGACUAAAUAAAUCUUAGUUGACUGAGACCAAACUGACCACCUAGUCCAGUAAUCCACUAAGAGGGGGCAGCCCUAUUAAUAUUAUCAAUAUAUCUUGAUAAAUUGUUUGAAAUUGUGACAUAAGGGCAUUUAAAACAUCUUCAGUUUGCUGAUAUUGUCUGAAUAAUCACCAUAAAGUCAUAUGUGAUGAAGAAAAGCGUCACAUUUGAGAAGCUGGGACAUGAGAAUGUUUGUUGCUUUAAAAAUUAAUCGAUUAUCAAAAUGGCUUUCAUAGUUGUUGUUUUUUUGUAAAUCAUUGCAGCUCUCGACUAUAGUCAUUUUAGGAUAAUUCUAUGUAAAGUAAAUCAAAAAAGAAGAUCCUGCCUGUAAAAAAAUCCUAAUCCUAAUAAUCCUACAGAUUAUAUCCCCUAAAUUAAAUAGAUGUAUUGGAUACAUAUAGCGUUUUGGAAAUAAACUCCUCACAUGUUACUUCUCUCCUCUGUGAUCUGAAUCAACCCACUAAUAUACUCAGCAUCACAUGUACAGAUGUUGAAGUGUGUGUGUGUGUAUUGUUGUAUUUUGGGUCCAGACAUCUGCUCGGAUUCUCUAAAAGCCUCACGGAUCAUGAUUCUCUACAUAUCAGGUGUUUUUUAUUCCUCAUUGCAUACAGUUUACACAUUGUUACAUGAACAUCUGUUAAUAUUAAAUGUAAUAUGAAUAUACCAACUGAGAUAUAUCGAUAGUAACAAUAGGAUAUAUUUAAGCAGAAGUUAUAUUGGGAUUGUUGCCAGAUUUGUUUGUCCCUCCAUCACUGGUAUAUUGUGAUAUUUUGUGCAACAUGACAGAUUAUUCCCUCUAUGUAUAGACGAUGAAUGACUUUAUGAAUAUAGUGCUAUCUGAAAUGCAUACUGAGAGCCUCAAUGAGAAUUAUAUAUAUUUUGUGUGAAAAGUAACAUUCAGGUUGUUAAUAAAUGAGAACAGAUUAUA